CUCAACAAUACAAAGUAGCAACUCGCUAAGAGACGCGAAAGCUGUGGGGUAUCUGGGGCUUUGGUUGACAAACAAAGCUUUGCGACGAAGAAGAUUGUUCAGCACCGUUCCUGUCAUUAAUUUUCCCUUUCUGUUGUUGCUCUGACGGGGGCAACAGCUAAGAAAGUGCCUGGCCCUCGGUAUGAAGUCACCGAUCCCGGACUACCUGAAUGUUUUGCUGGAGAAGGUCCGGCCGAUCGAAGAUGGCGUGCCCGCUCAGUACAUCAAGACGUUGGCCAACGCGGACACGUCCAAGCUGGCCGUGGCGAUCGUCAUGGUGGACGGCAAUGUCUACUCGGCCGGUGACGACCAGGUCGAGUUUUCCAUCCAGUCCAUCUCGAAAGCCUUUGUCUACGCCAUCGCCAUCGAGGACGCCGGGCUGGAGCGCGUCCUGGAAAAGAUCGGCGUGGAGCCGUCCGGCGACGCCUUCAACAAGCUGUCGCUGGAAAGGGGCAACAACCGACCGAUGAACCCCAUGAUCAACGCCGGUGCCAUCGCGGCGCACUCGCUCGUGGUCCACCCCGACGCCACGGCGGAGGAGAGGACCGACCGCAUCCUCAAGACCAUGUCCCGACUGGCCGGGCGGGAGCUCCACGUGGACGAGGAGGUGUACGAGGCCGAGCUCGAGGACGCCGACCGCAACAUGGGGAUCGGGUACAUGCUCAAGGCGGCCGGCAUCAUCUCGUGCAGGCCGGCCGAGGUCGUCAAGGGCUACAUCCGCCAGUGCUCCGUCAACGUCAACGUCCGUGACCUGGCCAUGAUGGCGGCGACCCUCUGCAACGCCGGCGUGAAUCCCGUGACGGGCGAGGCCAUCAUGCCGCCGGAAAGUGUCCGCCAGGUGCUCUCCGUCAUGACCACGUGCGGCAUGUACGACGCCGCGGGCGACUGGGUCUCCCGGGUCGGCAUCCCGGCCAAGAGCGGUGUCGCCGGCGGGGUCAUCGGCACCCUGCCGGGGCAGGUCGGUAUCGCCGCCUUCUCGCCCAGGCUGAACGACCGGGGCAACAGCGUGCGCGCCGUGGCGCUGUUUGAGCAGCUGUCGCGCGACAUGGGUUUCCACAUGAUGGACGCCAGCCAGAUCGCCAGGGCCAGCGUGAGUACCUCGGUGGCGAAGAUCGUCGCGGGCAAACAAGAUCCUCACCACCCCAACUGCGACCGGCAGGUCGUCAUCUUCGCCCUUCGUGGCGCCGUCCGCUUCUCCGGCUCGGAGCGCCUCACGCGUGCGAUCGUCCACGAACUCGGCGAGCCGGACCCCAAGGACCCCGGCUCCGGGGGCCACCGGGACGCUUGCGCCAUAGUGAUCUCGCUCCGGGACGCGUUUUCCCUCAACCUCAUCGCCCGGCGGGUGAUCCACGAGAACAUAAAACGUUUGCUGGCGGAGGGAAAAACAGUCGUGGUGAUUGAUCCCAACGGUGUCUUGCAGAUGGAUUUGGGCAGCCUCCCGACGUGUCAACACCCGCAGAUUGUUGAGAAUGAAAAGGAGGCGAGAGAGUUCAUCGGAGGGACAGGUUGUUCGGCCAUUACUCAGUCUGACAAUUGGUAGUAGGACACAAUCCAUGGUAAUCAGUCUCAAGUACAGAUCAAAGAUCCGUACUACCUACUGUGAAAUUGAGGCUGAGUUGGCCCUGAUGUGUGACGCACCAUCUGAUCCUUUUAGAGCAGAAAAGCGGUUAUCGAUACAAGUCCCACCUUACAGUCUU